CGUCGUCAGUUCAUGACGCCGCGUCCCUUUGUUGGCUCUGAAGCGGCGGCGCUUGUGUUGUUAUUUUCUCUGCGGCUGAAAAUCAGAAGUCUGUUCUUAUUUUUGUGUUGUUCUACACCACCUAGCUUCAGAUUUUUCGCUUGUGCGUUUUCUUGUCACAUUCUGUAUCUAACCUAGUAAUGGACUCGGACGAGGGUUAUAAUUAUGAAUUCGACGACGAAGAAGAGGAAUGCAGCGAAGACAGCGCUGAAGGGGAACCCGAAGACGACACCCUGGAGCUCGGGGAGGUGGAGCUGGUUGAUCCUGUAGUGGCCGGUGGUGAGCGAGACGAGUGUGGGGAGACCGGAGGAAGUGGGCUGGGGCCUGGUCAGGAUGAAGAGGACUAUCGCUUCGAAGUACUGACUGCUGAACAGAUCCUCCAACACAUGGUGGAGUGUAUCAGGGAGGUCAACGAGGUCAUCCAGAACCCAGCUACUAUAACAAGAAUACUUCUCAGCCACUUCAACUGGGACAAAGAGAAGCUUAUGGAAAGGUACUUUGACGGGAACCUGGACAAGCUGUUUUCCGAGUGUCACGUCAUAAACCCCAGUAAGAAGUCUCGGACGCGGCUGAUGAACACCAGGUCCUCAGCGCAGGACCUGCCCUGCCAGAUCUGCUACCUGAACUACCCCAAUUCAUACUUCACUGGCUUGGAGUGUGGUCACAAGUUCUGCAUGCAGUGUUGGGGCGACUACUUAACAACCAAAAUCAUUGAGGAAGGAAUGGGACAGACCAUUUCCUGUCCAGCUCACAGCUGUGAUAUUUUGGUGGAUGACAACACCGUCAUGCGACUGAUAACAGAUUCAAAAGUGAAGUUGAAGUACCAACAUUUAAUUACCAAUAGUUUUGUAGAGUGCAAUCGACUGUUAAAAUGGUGUCCCGCUCCGGACUGCCACCACGUGGUCAAAGUCCAGUACCCUGACGCCAAGCCCGUCAGGUGUAAGUGCGGACGCCAGUUCUGCUUCAACUGUGGAGAGAAUUGGCACGAUCCUGUCAAGUGCAAGUGGCUGAGGAAGUGGAUUAAGAAGUGUGAUGACGACAGCGAAACGUCCAACUGGAUCGCGGCGAACACGAAGGAAUGCCCUAAAUGUCACGUUACUAUCGAGAAGGACGGAGGCUGCAAUCACAUGGUGUGCCGUAACCAGAACUGUAAAGCGGAGUUCUGCUGGGUGUGCUUGGGUCCCUGGGAGCCCCACGGCUCUGCCUGGUACAACUGCAAUCGCUACAAUGAAGACGACGCCAAGGCGGCGCGGGAUGCGCAGGAGCGGUGGUGUGUGCUUGCCCCACAGCGCUCCCGGGCGGCCCUGCAGAGGUACCUGUUCUACUGUAACCGCUACAUGAACCACAUGCAGAGCCUGCGCUUCGAACACAAGCUGUACGCCCAGGUCAAGCAGAAGAUGGAGGAGAUGCAGCAGCACAACAUGUCCUGGAUCGAGGUGCAGUUCCUGAAGAAGGCCGUGGACGUGCUGUGCCAGUGCCGCUCCACCCUCAUGUUCACCUACGUCUUCGCUUUCUACCUCAAGAAGAAUAACCAGUCCAUCAUCUUUGAGAACAAUCAGGCAGACCUGGAGAAUGCCACCGAGGUGUUGUCUGGAUAUCUGGAGCGGGAUAUUUCCCAGGAUUCCCUGCAGGACAUCAAACAGAAAGUACAAGACAAGUACAGAUACUGUGAGAGCCGACGGAGAGUGUUGCUACAGCACGUUCAUGAAGGCUACGAGAAGGACCUGUGGGAAUACAUAGAGGAUUGAGGCUAAAUCCCCCGUGCACCACAAACUCUGAGGGAAAAGCUCUGUCAGACUAGAGCGUUGAUGCAAUUAUCCCGGGGCAGCAUCGACUGCUGCUGCCUCUGCUGGUCAACACACAAAAAUUGCAUUUCCUCCCCCAUCCAGUUUUGUUUAAUGGAAACUAAAUUAUACAGAAAUAAGGUAGAAUAUUGAAAAUAUUAAUUGUACAACAGUAUUGUUAGCAGCAGAGUGGAGUGUGUAAGACACUGAAAAAAAACAAAAAAAAAACAGACAAAAAACAUAACCCCCUUACAGGCUUGUAUUGUAUCUUCCUUUGAAUAUUUUUUUCUGUGGAUGUUUUAUUCCGUUUCCAUUCUGACUCUUAUUUCCUUUCGUGUGGGGAAAUGGACUUUAUGAACACAGCUUUAAAUGUCCCCGCCCGUGGCUGCUGUACGUGGGGAGGUCCCUGUUUGGGUUUUUGUGAAUGUUGAUUGGCUGAUUGUAAGGGGCAAAAACCUUUUUUGGUAUAAAAAAAAAGAAAAGAAAAAAAAAACCUGGGCAAAGAAAAAGCAGAAAAAUGAAAGGAAAUCGGUAUUUUUCAAUUUGUAAAUAACGCAUAUGCAUGGAAGUUAAAAGAGCAAGCGUGGCACGUGUUUGCAUAAUUUUUAAAUUUAAAAAAAAAUAUUUAUUCUUUACAGAUAUUCAAAAAAAAAACAAUGUAUAUUUGCUGUGUAGUUGAAGUAUUUCUCCCUGGCUUUUUAUGUAGAGGGUGUGAGGAUGGAUGUUUAGCCCGGGAUGGAGCGUUCCCUCCCCCAUUCUCCGUAGAGUCCUCACUGCAGUGCGUUACAAUGCUCCAGUCACGCCAGACCGCAUCUGCCGGGCGACGGCAGUUAUUUUGUUGCUAAUGGAAAACCCCUAAUGUAAAGUGGCAGUCGAGUUUGCGGAGGUCAGAUACCAUCGUCACUGGGCUGCUCUUCAAGUCUCAUUAAAAUGUGCUGCAACCACAGAGGAAGCAGAGGACUGCAUUAAAGGAGCCAAAUAGUUACAACGAACCCUCCUCCAGUCCAGCCUCUCUUGCUCCCCCAUCCUCCCAUUUCAAUCCCCCCCCCCCCCUUAGUUAUUUUUAAAAUGUUAUAUGAUUUCAAAAUGACAAAAAGUUGUUUAAUUAGAGCAAAAUUGAGUGACAUUCACUCUUACCUUCUUUUCCUAGCCCCCCCCCCCCCCCCCCCCCAUCCUCUCCCCUGCCAGACUUGGAUGAAGUGGUCCUUGUGUGGUCUUGAAUGCACCUUGUAGCAAUUGUGUGUGUGGUGUUAGAGGUGUAAGGACGUGGCAUGUACCGAAAAGCACUGUUAAACAGGGUGAUAGGUUCAAGUCAUUGAGAGCGAAGGUUUUCCAGAAGGUAGUGAUGGCAAGGCUGCCUUACCCACCCGUGCCCCACCAGAUUUUAUUUGCAGUGAGGUUUACCAUUGCUUUAAAGGAAGCCGUUCUGUUGGGCUCCGUUGGACGUCAGAGGGGUUUUUCAGUUAAGACAGUUGCAUACCUUUUUUUCAUUUUUUUUUUUUUCAUAGAGCACCUUGCAUUGAGAGAUUGUCAUACAUGCUCUUGCAUUUAAAUGCGUACAAAAAGCUGUUUGCACAGGAAGGGUCUAAGCAACUUUUACUGAAUACUUCUUCACCAGUCUCUUGAAAAGGCCACAGUGAAGUCCUCUGUCCCAGAACGGAGCCCAGUAUGAAAGGGGCCUGGGUGGGCCAGUCUCCCGGGAGAUGGCAAACCAUAUAGAAGGUGGUGCUGCAGGGGGGUGGAUGCUGAACGUUGCUACUGCUGCUGACAACAAGGUUAACAAAAAGACUCACCAAAGUGUGAACCAUCUUCUAGAAACUUUUUUUUUUCUGGUAGGACGUGACAGUUCAGAACCAUUUGCUUUUUAAUGUGUUAACCAAUCUUACAAACAAAACCGAUGUUUGUUUAAAAAGAAUAUUAAAAGACCUCGACCUGUAUUAUUUAUUCAUGAAAAGAGAAAUCUUGUUACUGGGAGUAUUGUGUGACUCAUUAGGAGUAUAUUAAGUCUAAAAUAAAAGCUUACCAUUUUUUUCCAUUAUUAAAUGAGAUCUGCAUAUAUUAAUAUUAAAACAAAUGUCAAAGCAUUGUGUACCUCUAUUUAAAAUGUAUUUACAAAAUACUAUUUCACAGCAGUAGGGGAAACACUGUUAUUGUCCAUGUUCUCACAGAUGUUUUGGGAGUAAAUGAAUUGGUUCAGUGAAAUUGACAUCCACAACCUGUUGGCCAAACUACAAAAGCAUGGGGGGGGGGCAGGAAUAAAACGACAGCACUUCUUACCUGUAUUCAUAAUACCAACAAAGUUUGGACUUAUGGAUGCAAUUAACUGCACGGCAUUCAUUUGUGACUCGUAUGGCGUUACGUUUUUGAUACAGGUAAUGUAGAAUAUUUCCAGUGAAUUAGAAUUUCUUUAUAACGGGUGGAUUUACCCGGAUGCGUGGUGAUCCUCAUGCUGUCUCCGCACACCACAAUGUUAGCUGGAGCCACUCCAGUGCUGCAUUUAGGGGUCCCUUCUGUUUAUUUUUUGCUAAUUGCAUAAGAACAUUUCAAUUUACCAUUCACGCUAACAGAUGCAGCUACGUACAUUUGUUUGAAAUGACAUCCAAACAAUUUGAAUACUUUUUCUACAUGUUUUUUUUUUCCUUGAGCUAUUACAAUUUUGUUUUAUUUACAUAGUGUAAAAACUGUGGAAGAAUUGAGUUGUCUGUUUUAGAGAACUAAUAUUAAAGUGCAAAAUGUUGCAAAUGU